GAAUUGUGCUCCGCGCGCAGCACGCCGGACUAUGCCGCGCUUACUUUGUGUUAUACUAUUCCUAAUUGUUUUUGCAGUUGGCCAUCUUAAUACAUACUACAUAUGCUAGUUUGUGAAACUAAUAAUCCGUUUACAAAGUGCUUUAACAUGCAACAAGAACACCCUUAAGCGGGAUUGUGUGAUUUUAUUUGCCGUUUUACACCUUGGAUCAAAAGGGAAGUUUGUCCGGAAUGUUUCAGGCGCCUAUACUGCGAUCUAUUUCCGGGCGCGGGCGUUGGCCCUACUCGAUUAAGCGCCGCUCAUUUUGAUCUAAAACAUGCGCGAGCUCGGCCGCGGAGGCUCGGUAGUGGCGGCCACCAUCGCGACUUUGCACAGUCGUUCCGCGAGUGACGGCAAGCACAGAGCUUCCAAGCUCCGGGCUUCAAGCGAGCAGAGUUGCAAUAGUGGCCUACGGUCUGAAAGGGAGGACUUGCGACGUGUGUCGGGAUGCAGCGAGCGGCCUCUGUCGACCGCGUCGGAGGCCUCGGAGCGCGACUCUGCAUCCGUUCAAUCUAGCGAGGAGCCGCCCCCAAACGAGAGCGGCGACUCGGAUAGCCCCGACGAAGCAACAGUGAAAUGCACGGCGUGGCCGGACGGAGUGAUACCUGCGCGCGCGGAUUCCAGCGACACCGAGUCCACCUCGUCGGCCGACGAUGAUUCCGACUUACAAGAUUUCGAAGUACGAAGCGCUGAAGCUGAUUAUCGAACGCUAACACCUAGCAGGCGGCUAGACAACUCGACACGUCGAGACGAUAACUUCAAAUGGAUGCCUCCAGAAAAUAUAUCAGAUAUUGUCGAGCCGACUUCAAUGGAAUCGCGAACGGAAGAGCAGGCGUCGGGUAGCUUAGACAGGCGAAGGCGAGCUCCCGCCGACCGCAAUGACCGUGACCGUAAAACUAGGUCAUCGAUGUCCACCAAGCCGCCACAGCACCCUUCCAGCGUCCGCGCGUCCCCACGCCCGCGUCGCUCGCGCGUUGAGGAAACACCUCCAGAGCUCCAAAGGCGAUGGAACUCUUACGAGCACUUCCGAUGGGGCCCUAGCCCUGACGGUUCGCCCGGCGGAUGGUGGCCCCCCAUGUGCUGGUGCCACGGACCACCCGCUCCGCCGCCCUGCUGCAUGCACGACCGCUCUUGGCCCUCACACCCUUCACUUCCUCCGGUACCGUCAAGGCCGUAUAAGAAUGACGCCGAAGACCGCGUACGCCGCCUCGAGGCGGACAAGGAGAGCUUACACCUGCAAGUACAGGUGCUGUCAGAGCAGGUGUCGGCGCAGACUGACAAGAUGGCCGACUUAGAGCGCGCCCUGCUGGACGCCCGGCAACGACUGGACGACGCCGAGCAGAGGUUGCAAAAGGAAAUGCUACAGCGUUCGUCAUUAGAGACACAGAAGUUGGAGCUACUGUCGAAGUUGAGUGAAGUCCGGUUGCAGGCGGCGGCUCGAGGCGUGCUGGAGCGGUCGCCACCGCCGCCUGACACCACGCCCGUGGCCCGGCCAGCUCCGCCCAGGACGCCGCCAGCGAACUACGGCCGGCAGAUCGAGCGCAACACACACGUGUACUCGUCGCUGCCGCGCUCGUCCGUGCUGGCCGCGGGCUUCGGUAAACAACACACCAUGGUGGUGGCGCGCGGGCGCGGACACUCCGUGCCCAACCUAGCUGACAAAGAAGAAGCCAUACCACGAGGCAGCCCGUCGCCUUCUCUCCGAGACAUGCGCUCGCGGCUCGGCAGCGGCGGCGUGCGCCUCGAGGGUGACGAGUUGCGCUCCUCUAUGCGCGUGCACACGCCGAGUCGCCGCCCACCCGACACCAUGCCUUGGCAAACAACAGACGUGCGGCAAUGGGACUGCGAGACAGCGUGCGGCUGGCUGGAGCACCUCGGGCUGGAGACGUACGUGCCGGCGGCGCGCGCGUGGCUCGGGCCGCUGGAGCGCGGAGCCCUCGCCGCCGCCUCGCCCGCCGCGCUAGAGAAGGAGCUCGCCCUCAAACAUCCCAUGCACAGGAAGAAGAUCGUGCUGGCGCUCACGGAUCUCUUGGGCGGGCACGGCGACCCGCUGCUGACUUGUGCGGGCGCGCUGGACGCGGCGUGGGCGCUGCGCUGGCUGGAGGACGUGGGCGUGUGCGGCGCGCGCGCGGCCGCCGCCGACGCCGCGCUGGACGGCCGCGCGCUGCACCGCCUCACGCACACCGAGCUGCACCAGCACCUGCGCGUCUCGCACGCGCUGCACGCGCUCGCCGUGCGCCGGGGCAUCCAAGUACUCCGAGACAACAAGUUCAGCCCGGACACGAUGAUCCGGCGCGCGGCCGAGGGCGCCGAGCAGGAGGACAUCGCGCGCUGGUCGUCGCACCGCGUCAUGCAGUGGCUCAAGCAGAUCGACCUGGCGGAGUACGCGCCCAACCUGCGCGGCGCCGGUGUGCAUGGCGGCUUGAUGCUUCUAGAGCCCAGGUUUACGGCCGAACUGCUAGCAGCUCUACUGAACAUUCCCGCCAACAAGACUCUACUGAGGCGGCAUCUUACGCAGAGGUUCAAUGACUUGCUCGGCCGUGACGUCAUUCAGCAAAAGCGGAAUGCGGAGCAAACGCUUGGCUACCAGCCUCUGACGGCUACCACUAAGUAUAAGGUACCAAAGAAGAGCCAGUUCUCCCUGAAGCGCAAGAAGAGCAAGGACGAGCUGGAGCUCGCGGACCUGGUGUGCCCGCUGCACGACGACGGCUCAGGUGACGCUCACAGCACGUCGCCAACGAUGAGAGUAAAAUCAGCGGAGGGCGUCGCGUCGGCUGUCUCUCCCCCGCGUGACCCCGCGCGCGCGCAAUAGCGCCUGAACGGUGCACGCACACGGCGCCUGCACGAUGCGCACACCAGCGCGUGCACGGUGCGCACACCAGCGCGUGCACGGUGCGCACACCAGCGCGUGCACGGUGCGCACACCAGCGCGUGCACGGUGCGCACACCAGCGCGUGCACGGUGCGCACACCAGCGCGUGCACGGUGCGCACACCAGCGCGUGCACGGUGCGCACACCAGCGCGUGCACGGUGCGCACACCAGCGCGUGCACGGCAGCGCCUGUAUGUGCGCCUGCGGGCCUACAUUACACACGCCACCACCCUUCGCUCCAGCAGCUAAUCUACCGUGGACUAUUAAAAACGCAUGCGUUCUAAUUUAUCGUGUUCUAAUAAUUUUAAGAUUAAUUUGAAACGAGGGCUUCAAGGGGAGUAAUUUUGAUUGGCUAACUAUGGUGCUAAAAUUAAAAUUAUACGACACGGCGUCCGAAGCCCUCGGUGUGCGUUCGGGGUGAUAGAUUGUUAAGUGAUUAAUUUUAUUAAAAUAUUUAAUCGAGUCACGCUGCCAAAAAUCAUGAAUUAUAUUGGUCCGUUGUAGAUAUUGAGAGGUCUAAAGUACGGUUUAUUUAAAGAGAUAUAUUUAACUUAUGUAGUGUAAUGUUGAUGUCGAAGACGCGAACGCGUCACGUUGAACUUAGGGCCCCGCCAGUGGUCGCUUCUCUGACUGACUCAUAAACUGUAGGCUGCAAAUAAACAUCACAAACAGGCUUCACUCAUCAUACCGACCAUCAAAUCGAAGAGCAAUAGACAUUCCAUUUUAUAUUAAAAUAAUGUGCUUGAAUAAUUUAUAAUGAGAAUGACCAGACAGUUGGCAGGAGUAAGUGUUAAGACCGAUUUAAAACCAAUAGUAACUGUUAAUUGAAUGAACCCCUUACACGUGUGUAACUUUACCAUUAGGUCCAUUAGAUUUGUUACAAGUUUUUGAUACAGUACUUAGUGCGUUUAUUGUAUAUUGUUAAGUACGAGUAGCUUUUUAGAAAACGACUGAAACGCGACAAUAUAACUCGGGUCUCAUUUCUAUUGCUGCAAGACUUUUCCAUCUAGUUAUAAGCCCCACAUUCAGUGUAUACAUUUUGACAUCUAUGGUAUAUUGAGAUUGAGAUUAUUUAUAAUAUUAUAUCCAUGAAGGACCAUUACCCAAAUUCUAUUCUUAUAUGUACUAUCAUAACAUAAUAACUUAUAACCAACGUUCCAGGCAUUAUCAACUAUUCUGUUUUUGCUUGUUCGUAUAAUUUUUUUACCAUUAACUUUGGUAACAAACUAAAGGCAAUAAAAAAAAAAAGAUAGCCACAACCGAAUACAGAACCUCCUCCUUCUAUGAAAUUGAAGUCGGUUAAAAAAGGUGUGGGUAACAUAAAUAUGAACCUCAUUAGGCAACACGUCGUAUAGACAUACACAUUGACCAAUUAAUAGCGUUGCCGCGUCACUGAAUUUAGUGGAUAAAACUUUCAUUUGAGGCACUAUUUAAAUAAAAAUGUGUUACAAAAUGGCAAACUGUAUUUUGAAGUCUGACAUUAUGACGAGUAAAUACACUUUUGUCACGAUGUGAAAUUUUGUGAUGCAAAAACCUAAUACAUAUUGAUGUCAACGUUUAGAACAUUACGCUACGAAACAAGAGAUGCCUAUAAGUAUUUUAUUUUUAAUUGGCACAAUCCUCUCGCACAAAUAUAAAAUAAUAUUCUGACUAACCUUUUAAAUUCCUUUUUUUCAAAUAUACCUACCCUAUUCAUACGAGUAGAUUACAUUUAACAGAUACAAAAAUAACUCGUCAAUUUUAAAACUCACAAAUAAUGUGGCUAAACUUGAUAUAUAUGUUGCAGUCAAAAGUGUGAACUGGUCAAAUGAACUUUUAACCGACAAAAACAGGCAAAACUGCUUUUGACUGAGCAUGUUGGUCAAAAGUAGUUUUACCUGAAAAUCAUACCUAUAUAUCUGGCAGCAAUUUCGUUUUUAGGGCGUAGCAAAAAAAAAUAACCCUAACCUACCUAUCUCUGGGAACAGUUUCGUUUUUAGGGCGUAGCAAAAAAAAAAUAACCCUAACCUACCUAUUUCUGCGAGUACUUUUGACUGCUAGUAACAGUCACAAUUACUAUUAACCAAUGAUUUUCAGGUAAAACUACUUUUGACCAACAUGCUCAGUCAAAAGCAGUUUUACCUGUUUUUGUUGGUUAAAAGUUCUUUUGACCAGUUCACACUUUUGACUGCGACAUAUACACAUUGAUGGGGUUUCACAAGCUCUAAAAAUGAGUGACGCAAGUAUUGAACAAAAAAAUAAGUACAGAGGCCCUAAAAUACACAUUGAUGGGGUUUCACAAGCUCUAAAAAUUAGUGACGCAAGUAUUGAACAAAAAAUAAGUACAGAGGCCCUAAAAACUUUUUGCCACAAACAACUUUGACACAUGAAUAACCAAUAGUUUAUAAUUUUUAGCAUAGUGCUGAUACUGAUAAUGCAGAAAAAAUAGGCAACGCCGAGAAUAUCAUUUUACUGUCUGUAACAGAUACGAUAAAACAGUGUUUUUGUACUUACUACCUAGUACCAGUAUUACAUAUUAGAGAACUCCUGAAAAGCGAAUUGUACCGAACAAAUAUUAAAUGUUUUGAUAUCGCUUUUGUUUGUCGUUAUUAUAAACGUAGUGUGAUCCAAGAUCCCGUUCCUAGGUUCCUACCACGUUGUGCCAAAUCUUAUAAAUAUUUACACAGGCCCUUACGACCCUGUCUUCCAUGACUUUGUAAUACAAGUGUAGGUUAUUGGAAGGUGAGUUGUAUCACCGGAUAGCGAAAAAACAUUUAUACAUUAUGUAUCAAAUAAAUUUUAAUAUAACUUAAAGUCAUAGAAUAUAAAAUGUAUGAUUUAAUAAACAUUGAAUGACGA